AUGAGGGGCCUCCCUCGGAGCUCUGGCCUCUUUCAGCGUGGAUUAGGCCGUCCCGAAACCGUGGACUCCCUGGUGCGUCAGGCGGAGAACCACACUCACACCGUCCUCCUCCACACGUACCGGGACCUGGCCGGUGCCGCGGCGGCGCCCGUGGGGGAGUUCUUCACGGAUGUGGGGCUGUUCGUGUUGGGCUCCGAGCUCAGCCUGGAAGAAGCUUCACAGCGCUUUUUCGACGCCCUGUUCCCUCUGGUUUACGAGCGACUGGUCGAGCCGGGUCUGUCCCGCUUGUCUCCGGCGUACGCCGAGUGUGUCCGCGGCGCGUGUCGGGAUCUGGUGCCGUUCGGUGCCGCCCCGGGCCGGCUCGCCACUUACAUCUCCCGCGCCUCUCUGCCGGGACGGCUGUUUCUGCAGGCGCUUCACCUGGGCAUCGAGGUCAUCAACACCACCGACCACAUUCAGCUCAGCCGCGAGUGCAGACGUGGCCUUCUGAGGAUGAGCUACUGUCCGCACUGCCAGGGUCUGACCGCCAGCAAGCCCUGCAUGGGUUACUGCCUCAACGUGGUGCGAGGGUGUCUCGCCAGCCUGGCUGAAGUGGACGCCCACUGGAGGGAGUUUGUGCGGUCGCUAGAGACCCUCUCCACCCGCAUGCACGGGGCACAAGACCUGGAGCAAGUGCUUCUGGGAGUCCACGGGCUGGUGAGGGACGCAGUGGCCCACGCACAGAGGAACGGACCCCGGCUUUCUGCUAAGGUGCAUGAUGUGUGUGGUCACCCCAGCAGACAGACGGAGCAGGUCAGCCGCGUUCAGCACAACAGAGACUCCAUUCCUCUGAAAGCAGCGGCCAGAAACUCAGAGAACACACUCAGCAACUGGAGGAAAGACUUCCUCAGCAGCCUGCGUCUGUACCGCACGUUCUACGGUGGCCUGGCGGACCUGCUGUGUGUGAGCGAUCUGGGCUCUGGAGACGGACUGGCCUGCUGGAACGGAGCUGAAGUUGACAAAGGCUACACUCUGCAAGUGGUUGGCAACGGGAUUAAAGCCCAGGCGGAAAACCCAGAAGUCAAAGUGAAGGAGGCCGACCCGGUGAUCAAUCAGGUCAUUGAUAAACUGAAGCACAUCAAUCAGCUGUUGCAGGGCAGGUCAAUCCCAAAGCUGGGCACCCUGGACCGAAUCGAGACAGGAAGUGGAGACGGAUACAGUGGAGACUGUGAUGACGAGGACGGAUGCUGGGGAUCAGGGAACGGAGCGGCAGAGAGGAGAAGAAUAGUCACUAUAUUGACACCGGAAAAUACCAACAAUCACCGAUACCAUCACCCUCAAACCAAAGACUUUGAUCAGAUGAAGUCUGGCAGUGGAGUAACACACACCGGCCCGCUGGCCCUGGUCUCGAUAUGCGUGUUUGGGCUGUUGUCAGGAUAAUAUCAGCCAACUGGGUCCGAACCCCAGUUCCAGGCUUUUCAUGCUGUUUUCUGGAAAGAAAAUGUGCCAGCUUUUAAAACAUUGAGGUUGAAAUUCCAGCAAAGAGAUGUCCUCUAAUGGAAACGGAUCGGUAUGGACAAAACUGGCAUUGAUGCGUUGAGGACUGAGAGGGGGAAAAUAAACACACAUAAACCUUUUUAAUCCCAAAGUGUUUCUAUCAUGAACGUAACAGGCUACUAAAAAAUUCUGCGAACACUUUACUGCCUUGAAUAAUGUCUUUUCUACAGGGUUCAGAGUAAAACUUUCAGAGAGAAAUGAAUUUAUUUAAUUCUUUAAUGAUGUAUGAUCUAUUCAAAGCAUAGUUCUGGGCUGAAAAUCAGCAUUUUUAAUAGAAAUGAUGCAAUAUUUCUGAUGUCACGUACUGCUUUUUCAAUAUAUCUUGGUACCAUGUACCUAAAUGACCUCCUUUUUCAGCAUUUUUAAAUGUACUGUUGUUGUUUCUUUUCAUCUGAAAUGGCGUGUGACGCACCUUAACAAAAUGUAUAAAGAUGUGUUGAUUUACAAUGUAUUUAUUCUUGGUUACAGAGUGACAUUAAACAUAUAAUGAAACUAAA